AGCAAUACUGUGAUCAUUGACGCAAAAUGGACAGCUCACGCAAGCCGGAAAAAUUAAAUCCUCGCCGUCAUGCCAAUAUAUUUUCGCAAUUACUUUUUGUUUGGGCCAUACCAUUGCUCUAUAAGGGGUCCAAGCAAGGUUUAAAUACCGAUGACUUAACCCAGUGCCUACCGCAAGAUUGUUCAGAAGAUUUAGGAGAUCGUUUAGAAAACAAAUGGUACAGUGAAGUGGAGCGCGCACAUCGCAAAGGACGCAGACCACUGCUGCGUAAUGCAAUACUUCGCACAUUCUGGCUACCCGCCGUAGUUGAUGGCAUCAUAUCGCUCAUUUACAUCAUAAUUAAAUCACUCAUACCAGCCGUGCUAGCGCAACUACUGAUGCAAUUUCAAAAGCAAAAUGCGCCCACUUCAGUUCGCAUGACGAAUGUCACCACGGGCACAGAAGAUGUGAUAGCAAAUGCCACAAGUCGGACAGUGCGUUCCAUUGAGGCAGCCACCAUGAAAAAUAUGUCAUUGUUAUCGUUGGUCACUGAUAUUGGUGUGGGUGCGGGCAGUGGCGGUGGUAAGUGUUUAUAG